AUGUCACUCUCCUCCAAAGCCAUCCUCGUCACCGGCUCCGCCAGCGGCCUCGGCCUCACCAUUGCCAAGUCUCUCCUCGCCCGCGGCGCCCUCGUCACCAUCUGCGACGUCAACCCCUCCCGCCUCACCGCCGCCAAGGCAGACCUCUCCGCCACCUACUCUCCUUCCCACCUCCUCGCCCUCGAGGCCGACGUCGCCGACGAGGACUCCGUCAAGAACCUCGUCGAGCAGUCCGUCGCCCGCUUCGGCCGCCUCGACAUCGUCGUCAACAACGCCGGCAUCAUGGACAAGUUCGAUCCCGCGGGCGACUGCGACAGGAACAUGUGGGACAGCAUCCUCGCCGUCAACCUCACGGGGGCCUUCCUCGUCACAAAGUACGCUCUACCCUAUUUGUUGCAGGCCCCGCAGCCGCCCAGCGGCCGCCUCAUCGUCAACAUUGGUUCCGUGGCCUCCCUCUCCGGCCUCACAGCGGGCGUCGCCUAUACCGCGUCCAAGCACGGGCUCGUCGCCCUGGCCAAGCACACGGCGGGCUUCUAUGGCGCCAAAGGCGUCUAUUCGGUUGCGCUGAUGCCGGGUGGCAUGAACGAGACCAAUAUUAGUGAUGCGUUUGCUGCCGGCAUGAACGUCGAGGGCUUCAAGGCUGUCAAGGAGGCGCACCCCAAGAUGAACAACGUGCCCGUCGACCAUGUGGCGAGAUACGUUGCGUUUCUGUGCGAAGACGGCAUCGGCCAGAGCGCCAACGGAAGCUGUAUCCCUCUGACUGGUAACUGGCCCGAGGCCUAG